GGGCACCCGCGAACCCCGCGGCCCGGCGCCACUUCGUUGUUAUCGAGGAGGGCGGUGAGCGGGGCCAACGAGUGCCCCGGCACUUUGCCCUUCCAGAGCCCGCGCAUGGUGUGACGCGGGACCCGGCUGCGGGACCGGCAGCGCGUGGUGCAUUGGGACGUGCGCGGAGCAAGCGACGCCGCGCGCCUGCUGGACAUGAACUCGGCGGGCGAGCAGCGCGUGUACCGCGCCCGCGACCUCGACCGGCUGCUGCUAGCGCCCUCCGCCUUCCUCGACGGCAACUUCUCGCUGCUCAUCCGCGCGGUGGAGGACAGUGACGCGGGGCUGUACACCUGCAACCUGCACCACCACUACUGCCACCUGGACGAGAGGCUGGCCAUCCGCCUGGACGUCACGGACGACCCCCGCGAGGCGCACGCGCACUGGGACGGUGAGAGGGAGGUGCUGCGGGCCGCCCGCGGAGCGCCGGCCCUGCUGCGCUGCGUGAACCGCGCGCCGGUGUGGACCGACCGGCACCUGGAGGAGGCGCAGCAGGUGGUGCACUGGGACCGGCAGCCGCCCGGGGUGCCGCACGACCGCGCCGACCGCCUGCUGGACCUGUACGCGUCCGGGGAGCGCCGCGCCUACGGGCCGCCGGGGCUGCGCGGGCGCGCGGCCGUGCGCGCCGACGCCUUCGCGCGCGGGGACUUCUCGCUGCGCAUCGCCGCGCUGGAGCCGGCCGACGCGGGCACCUACUCCUGCCACCUGCACCACCACUACUGCGGCCUGCACGAGCGCCGCGUCUUCCACCUGCGCGUGCGCGAGCCGCCCGCGGGGCCGCCGCCCGACCCCGGCCACGGCUCGGGCGCGGGCCCGGCCCCGGACCCCACCCUGGCGCGGGGCCGCAGCGUCAUCCACGUCGUCGUCCCCGAGGGCCGGGCCCACUUCUUCCAGCAGCUGGGCUACGUGCUGGCCACACUGCUGCUCUUCAUCCUGCUGCUCAUCACCGCGGUCCUGGUCACGCGCCAGCGCCGGCGCGGGGAUGAAGAGGGGCGGAAAGCG